AUGUUUAAUUUUCAAAUAAGAGUGCGCCCAAAUGUUUCUCCGACUCCUUCUCCUGGCGUAUCAACCUCCGCAACAGGUUCACCAAAUGCAACCGUUGGUGAGAUCGAUACUCGGGCACCCUUCCAAUCUGUCAAAGCAGCUGCUGCUUUAUUUGGAGAAGGAUCACCAAGAUCAAGAAAACCUUUUACUGGAAGAACCGGUGGCGAAGAGAGGGUGUUGGAGAAGGAGACACAACUACAUUGGACAUUGAAGGAGCUUGACAAGUAUAAAGAACUUCUAAAAAGUGCAGAGAGUACAAAAGCACAAGCGCGCCUUGACCUUGAAAAGGCGAAUAAGUCGUUGCAGGAGCUAACUAACAAGCUAGAGAUGAUAAGUGAAGGGAAGCACGCGGCAAUUGAGACUACUGAGGCUGCAAAGGCACGAGCUCAAGAACUCGAGUUGCUAAAAUCGAGCCAAACCCAAGUAGUUAAUGACGGAUGGAAAGAAGAUGUUGAUAAUGAACAAAAUCAGUAUAAAACAUCGGCUAAUGAACUUAUUUCAAUCAAGCAAGAACUUACUAGCCUCAAACAAGAUUUUGAUGCUGCUUUAGAAGCUAAGUUGGCUGCUUUUCAACAGGCUGCAGAUGCACAACAUGCUGCAAAAGUAAACCAUAAGAAAAUGGUUGAACUGUCGAAAGAAGUUGAGGAAAUGCGCGAAACCCUUCAUCGCGUUGAAGUUGCUUCUGAAAAAGCACACGAAGAACAUCUCAAGCUUAUGGAAGAAAAAGAAGCACGCGUAGAGUCAAAAAAGAAAGCCAAAGAAGAUUUAGAUUUGAAAAUUCAGUCUUUGAAAGAAGAACAUAAACUUUCAGAACUUAGGAAUUUAGGACAAAAGCUAGAAGAGACAACCGAAAUGAUUAAAGUUUUAGAAGAACAGUUACGCGAGGUUCGUGUUGCAGAUAUGGAAACUUUAGAUAAAGCUAAGUUAGAGGUAGAUGAAGCGAAAAAACGACUUGAAGAGAUUAAACAAGAAAAGUCAUCGGUUCAAACGAUGGUGGAAAGAUUAACACAGGAACUCGAUAAAGUAAAGCGGGACAUUACUUUGUUGAGGGGAGACGACUUAAAACGCGAGCAACAACAAGUCGAAUUAGACAAAAUUAAACAGGAAAUUGAAGAGGCUAAUUCCGAAUUAACAAAAGCGACAAAGAGUAUAAAUGAACUAGAGGUAAAGAUAAAAGAAACAAUGGCUGUAGCUGAAAAUGCGAGAAAAGAAGAAGCAGAAGUUAAAGAACAAGCAGAAACACUUAACAGACAAGCUGAACAUUCUGAGACCGGGAACAAAGAAGCCGAAGAAAAGCUGGAGGCUGCUCUUAAAGAGCUUGAGAAAGCAAAAGCUGCAGAGGAGCUCGCGAAUGAGCAAAUACGUAAAAGAACUUCAAAGAAUGCAGGUUCCGCCACGGAUGAUAAGAUCAGGCUGACAGCUCAAGAGUAUGAAGCUUUGAACAAGAAAGGCGAGGAAGCAGAACGAGCAGCUGAUGCUAAAGUGGCAACUGCAAUGUCACAGGUGGAAACAAUUAAGAAAAAAGAGAGACUGACACUUCAGAAACUGGAGAGGAGCAUGGAAGAAACUAAGGAUAUUGAGGCUGAACUUGCUGAAGCUUUAAAGAUGGCGGAAAUGGCUGAUGCAGCAAAGGAGGCGAUAGAAAGUGAACUCAGGAUAUGGAAAAACGUGAGUUGA